GUCACAUAGUCAAUAAGUACAUUAAUAAUUAAUAAUGUAACAAAUUUAUUACAUUUAUAGUAUUAAAUCAAUUAGAAUAAUACUGAACCGAUGAAGAACAAUAUUCUAUACUUCAGCUUACAAAGAUAUAUUUACAUUCUAGUCAGAAAUGUCAUUUAUUGACUCGUCCUUUAACGUAGAAAUAGUGUACAAUUUUUAUCUUAAAUUUAUAGCUGAGACUUUGCUAUAUUUAAGAAAUUUUAUUUUAUACAUAAGUUUAUGGAUCGCUGGCUACCUUUGUGUUUGUUGUGUUGUGUACCGACGAUAUGCAAGGAAGUUACCUACGCGAAUUCGUGGAGCACUCGGUGCCAAACGGGUUCUUCUAGUAAUAGCGCACCCGGAUGACGAAUGCAUGUUUUUCGGGCCAACAAUAUUCAGAUUAUGCGAACAGGGUGCUGAAGUCUACAUAUUAUGUUUAUCAAAUGGUAAUUAUGAGGGCAAGGGCAAUAUUAGAGAAGAAGAGUUAUGGAAUGCGUGCAGAGUACUUGGAGUUCCUGAAGGAAAUAUUUAUCUUAUUAAUGAUACAAGAAUGAAAGAUGAUCCUAAAGUACAAUGGCCGGUGCAAGUUAUAGCUAAACUUAUACACCAUCAUGUUGAAGCAUUAGAAGUUGACACACUAGUCACAUUUGAUAGAGGUGGUAUUUCAUCUCAUCCAAAUCAUUCCGCAGUAUUUUAUGCUGUUGCUUAUAUGUUUGUUGAGAAGAAUAUGCCUAAAAGAUGCACAGUCUACACAAUGGAUUCUGUUAAUAUUUUGAGAAAGUAUAUGGGUUUUUUAGAUUUACCGCUAAGUUUUGUGCUGUCUUCUAAAAGAUAUUUCCUCCGUUGGACGGAAAGUCGUCGUGUGACGCGUGCAAUGAAGCAGCACAGAUCACAAAUGGUGUGGUUCCGGUAUUUAUAUGUUAUUUUCUCUAGAUAUAUGGUGAUAAAUACAUUAAGGAAGAUAAAUCUAGCUGAUAUUGAGUUAGAACUUGAAGUUGAUGAUUGAAUUUUAAUAUACCUUUAUAUACAAACAUUAUCUAUGUUUGGGUUCUUAUUUUUUAUGUACAGUGUACUAUUUACUUACCCGAUUUGGUGAAAUGUCACUUGACACAAUGCAAUCGAAAACUUGUCAUAGCGACUUUGAUAUGUGCUAAAUUAUAAUUAUUAUGGUUGGUUUCUGAGACCGAAAACCCUGUUCAAUACACACAUGUUAUGUUUGACAGAACAGGAAUAAUAAUAUUUGUUAUAGAAGGAUUUUGGUUUCAGAAACCAUCGGUUAGCCCUUAUUGCAUGGGAACUUUUUUAAUUCCUUGAUAAAGUCAACAUUGUCAAGUUGAAUCGAGCGAUGAACACUUUAAUAUAACUGCUUUAUAAAAAACGCCCUUGCAAAUUAGGGCUUAAGUUGAGUUUGCUGUAUAUUCGAUUUAAGUGGAAAGCCAAUUUAUUUCUUUGUACCUUUAGGUUAAUUGUAACAUAUCAAUGGUAGUCGGCUAGAAUUUUGGAAUUAGGUUUCUUCUUUGUUGUAGCAAGAUCUCAUUUAUAGAUUAUAAAAAAUAACAAUAUUCUAUGUUAGUUUUUCCAAAUCGCUACAUUCGAGUAUAAACCUUAUUAUAACUCCGUCUCUUUGAAAUAAAGAUGAAGAAAAAAUGUGUAAGCAGAGUAAAAAAUAAGUUCUGAAAUAUUUUGUUUUCUAAAAUUUUACAGCUGUCCUUUAUAACCAGUGUUUUACGUUAUAGUCAAAUUCAAUGGAAAUUAAUAAUUAUUACAAACAUAUCUAAAUAA